AUGUCCUACACCAUCCACCUCCGCCUCAUCAACGACACCUCCGACUCUCUCCAGCUCGUCGAACAAACCUGCUGGUUCGGCCAUGGCACCCGCUGGUCGCAAAUUGACUCCACGGGCGUAUACGUCCUCUCCAUGAACAAUUCCGGGUCCUCGGGCAUGUUGCGCUUCCAGACUAGCAAGGGCGGCGACUACUUUGCCGUGGCGGUCGGCGUGCACAACUACAAGCGGUGGUGCGACAUUCAGGUCGAUACUGCUGACGAUGCUCCCCUGACGAAGUUGCAUCCCAAGUAUUAUGAUGAGAAGGAUGCCAAGUAUAAGGCGCUGUGGGCGCAGGCGAGCGAAUUCGAGGCAAAGGCGAAGAGUGGGAAGACGGUGAGAAUCAAGUUUUAUCAGGCGGAGGGGAAUGUCUUGAGGGCGACUGUCGAAUAUGUUUGA